UGUGACAGUGAAACCCAUGGAUGUGAAUGACAAUGCCCCAGUUUCCUUGGACGAGUAUAUGCAGCUUAGUGUGCAGGAGGAACAUGAUCCAGUCAUUCAGGUUGGCAAGAUUAUAGUUCUGGACUAUGAUGACCCUCACCAUAACAACUCCAAAUUUGACCUUACACUACUUGGUCAGACCCCGGACUCCACAAACCCUCAUUUCGGGUUGAUGGUACAGGAUGUGAGUGCCAUAUCGAAGCUGGACCGGGAGACACAGGACAAGUACUACCUCUCACUGCAGGCCGUGGAUAAGGGAAACCCCACCUUGACGGGAACUGGAACACUGACAAUAACGGUCACCGACAUCAACGAUAAUGCCCCCUACUUCAACCAGUCAUACAAAUUCGUGUUAUCGGAACAUCAUCGGGGAGAAUUUGGGCGCAUUCAGGAGUAUGAUGCUGAUAUCGGGGUGAAUGCAGAGUUGACAUACUCUCUGGAUGAGGAUUCAUUUAAGUAUUUCAAGAUGAUGCAGGACCGAGAGGCAAACCAGGGUGUACUUACAAUCUUCCAGGCUGUUGAUUACGAUGACGUGCAGAAACUCCAGCGAAGUUUUAACCUGACAGCUAACGUUGUGGAUUCUGAUCCAAACCACUGGGCACAAACUCUAAUUGAGAUUGAGGUGACCGACUACAAUGACGAGGUCCCCACAUUUAUUCCACAGUACACGUCUGUUACAAUAUUGGAGGAUUUAGCUAUUGGAACGGCCUUUGUUAGGUUCCAUGCCUUUGACGGAGAUGUAACCCCAGCCUAUGCACAAUUUGAGUACUAUAUUUCCCUUGCAUCAGAUCGCACAAACAGUUUCAGGAUAAACACAGAAGGUGAUGUUUUCAUUAGAAGUCCACUGGACUUUGAAACACAACAAGUCCACAUGGUGCGCAUUCUUGCAAUUGACAAUAUAAAUGCGAUCCCUCAGAAUACAGGAACGACAACAUUAACAGUCUCAUUGAUUGACGUCAAUGACAACUACCCGGAUUUAGCCCAAACCUUCUCACCCGUUCUGAUGGAAAACAAGAAGUAUAAUGGCGACCAGCUAAUGGUGUUUUCUGCUACUGACGCAGAUGGACCAGGAAAUGAAGCUCCUUUCAUGGUUGAACUUGACUGCAAUAUGAAAGGUGCUUCCCCGCAAUGUGACUGUAGAAUUGGAGCAAACUGCAGAAAUGACGGGAAAAACAAUUUCUUCCAACUUGUAUAUGACACACUGUCAGAAACUAAUGUAGGGUUCAUUCUCGUGACUGGAACAUUCGAUCGAGAGUUUGAAAAGGUCGUUAUACUGCCUGUAAGGACAUGUGACGUUGCCGGGUUGAGCAGACAAGACCAGCAAUGCGGCGUCAGAUAUAUAAAAAUAGACAUUGCUGACGCAAAUGACAAUACAAACCUAGACGGAGAACAAUUUAUUAUUGUUACAGUUAUAAAGGUAAACUCAUUUUAUGCUCAUUUUAUUUGCAAAUGA